CCGAUAAUAAAGUGAGACAAGUCCACAAUUCGGGUACACUUGUCCGCUUUUAAUUUUGUCCAAGUGAUGCCCAAAGUACAAGCGUGAUUGGGAGCGCCAAAAUUGAAUAGUACACCCCUCAAGUCCGUUCGUGCCCAAAAACGCGUUGGAGCACUAAACACAAGCAUCACUGAGUGUCAAUAAUUAUACUGAUGUUCACUCCGGAUGCGUCUCAAGAGGUAGAGGCUGUACUUCUCGAAGAACUAUCUGCCGUAGAUCCACGCAACCUUACAAGUUUGGUCAACGUCGAUCUUGAUCUCAACUGUAGGAGGGGCUGGGGGGGUUUUGGUGACGUAUAUUUGGGUGAAUAUCAUAAUUCCAACGUCUGCGUGAAGGUGCUUAAAGAAGUCCCUGUUAUCAGCACAGACUGGCUUGGGAAGUUUAUUCGGCGGCUCAGACGAGAAGUCAAGGUUUGGCACAACUUGCGGCACGGAAAUAUCAUAGCAUUUCUUGGCUGGACGCUACAGCGCGUUGUUGACGAUAAAUUACGUGUGAGCCUGAUAUCGGAGUGGGCUGAAGGUGGGAACGUGAAGGAUUUCUUGCGCCGUAAUCCACUCGGGGACCGCACUCAUCUCAUCCGGGGAGCAUGUCAAGGAUUGGCUUAUCUACAUUCAUGCGGUAUAGUCCACGGAGACAUCAAACCAGAGAAUAUACUCGUCCUGGGAGCGGAUUGUAAUGCACAAUUAUGCGAUUUCGGGCUUUCCUCCAUCCUCGACGAUUUUACAACGCACGCCGAAUCAUCGAGCGUGAUGAGCACUCCUAGGUACGCUUCCCCAGAACUAGUGGAGGCCAUUAUCACCGGGCGAAAUGAACUCAGUGAUGUUUGGGCUUUUGGGUGUACAGCUGCAGAGAUCGUCACCGACCAGAUCCCGUAUAAGUGGGUAUCAGGCCCAUUCCAGCUUUCUUCGGCCAUCUCCAAGGGCCCUCCGUAUGAAUGGAGCAAUGUCGGUUCCUUUGAGGGGUGCCUUUUGGCAUGUUUCGAACCUCGCCCUGAGCUACGACCCAGCGCUGCUAAGCUCAACCAUCUGCUCGAGUUAGUGCAGCGAGGGGAAACACUGACCAGCCUACCAAUUGGGGAGCUGAGGAUUAGCGGGUCGAUGAGUACAACCGGUGGAAGGGUAGCGUUCCAAUCCCCUUUCGUUACGCGUCAGAACAGAGCGGCGUGGCCUCCAGAAACUUUGGAAUUCUCACUGCCAGGUGCAUCUAAGGAGAGAGAACAGAAGGAAGAGCCAAUGGGUGGCACAAAUAUUGGUAUUGGGCCAUAUCCAACGACAGAUGACAUACAGCGACCCGCAUUACCCACCCAAUUGUCGAUCACACCCUCGCAUACAUUGGUGUCUCCCACGCCAGGCACGCCGGACUCAUCCACUACCGUCAACCCCACUAUCAGCACCAUCAGCCCUGGCGGGUCAGCCCCGCGUUCACUCGCAGAGCAACCGCCUUUUAUACGCUAUUUUCACAACAAUCCUGACUUCGCUGGUAUUGCAACCGAAAUGUCCGUUGCCGGUCAGAUAGGCAACUUUGUGAAUUAUCUGGCUAGAAACGGAGUUCGAGAGGAAAGGCAGGGACGAAAACGGAAAAGGUCACCUCUGUUGGAUACUGGGUUAUCACGGAAAAAAAGAUGACGGUUACUGUGCUUUGGUCUUUACCUGGACAUAAAGGGCGAGUAGAUUCAGAUUGACCAAAUCCUCGUUUGCACACUUGAAUCAAAAACCCCACGCUUGCGAAUAACCUAAUACACCUGGAAUCAAACAGUCAACUACACAAACGGUAAAAGAUGAGAAGCACGAACCCGGUAAGGCCGGCAUUUGGCCUGCCUUGUUGCACCAUCUGGGUAUUUUUGCCAACAAUAUUAUUCAUGCGAGGGGCAGGCUUCCCAGGCAUGGUGAGAUCCGAGGGAAUGGCUUGUAUCUGAGUGGCCUAGGGGGAAUUGGUUCG